CACAGACUGAAAUAGCCAAAGCUGGGCACACACACCAUGGAUACCAAGGGCUGUACAACUGUUUCUUCUUCAACACCAUGCCAAAGCUGCUCUAGGAUUACAAAUUUUAGGAUCAUCUCUUCUAACACCGGGUGCCAGCGUGGUGGUCUUGAAGCCAACAGCUGCCAACCAACUGGCCAUAUUCUCAGAACUCUCCAGUCCCAGGGCUGCCAACCCACUCCUUGCUUCCGUCCCAUGCCCAUCUGCUUAAUAAAUAACUUCAACGCCUGUCCCUCUCUGGAUGACUGUGGCUGGCAUGGUGAAGGCAUCAACAGUAAUGAGAAAGAGACCAUGCAAACCUUGAACGACCGCCUUGCUAACUACCUGGAAAAGGUGCGAAUGCUGGAACGAGAGAACACUGAACUGGAGAGUAAAAUCCAGGAAGAGUGUAACAAAGAGCUCCCAGUCAUAUGUCCUGAUUACCUGUCCUACUACGCCACCAUUGAGGAGCUUCAGCAGAAGAUCUUAUGUACCAAGGCUGAAAAUUCCAGACUGGUCUCACAAAUUGACAACACCAAACUGGCUGCUGAUGACUUGAGAGCCAAGUAUGAAGCUGAGGUGUCCCUACGCCAGCUGGUGGAGGCAGAUGCCAACGGCCUACAACAGAUCCUGAAUGCACUGACCCUGGGCAGAGCUGACCUAGAGGCACGAGUCCAGUCUCUGAAGGAGGAGCUGCUUUGCCUCAAAAACAAUCAUGAAGAGGAAAUCAAUUCCUUACAGAGUCAGCUUGGGGACAGACUCAACAUUGAAGUGACUGCUGCCCCUUCUGCUGACCUAAAUCAGAUUCUACAAAAAAUGAGAUGUCAAUAUGAGUCCAUCGUGGAGACAAACCGCAGAGAUGUGGAACAAUGGUUCAACACGCAGAUGGAGUUGCUGAAUCAGCAGGUGGUGACCAGCUCUCAGCAGCAGCAGUGCUGCCAGAAGGAGAUCAUUGAACUGAGACGAACUGUGAAUGCUUUGGAGGUUGAACGACAGGCCCAGCACCGAACGAGAGACUCCCAGGAAUGCAUCCUGGCCGAGACGGAGGCCCGCUACACAGCCCUGCUGGCCCAGAUCCAGUGUCUGAUCGAUAACCUGGAGGCCCAGCUGGCAGAGAUCCGAUGUGCCCUGGAAAGGCAGAACCAAGAAUAUGAGAUUCUGCUGGACAUCAAGUCCAGGCUGGAGUGUGAGAUUGCUACAUACCGCAGCCUUCUAGAGAGCUCAGAUGGCGAGUGUCCCUGUAACCCGUGUGCCACCAAAUGGGAGCCUUCCACUUGCACAUCCAGUAAGGCCAGAGCCAUGGAAUGCACAGCCCCAGUUUACACAUCAUCCUCAGCUCCCCGUGGGAUACCCGAGCCCUGCAGUACCUGUAGAGCCCUCUCCCGACUCCUGGUUAAAAUCCGUACCAUCACCAAGGAGAUUAAGGAUGGCAAAGUCAUUUCUUCUCACGAGCACGUGCAGCCUUGCUUCAUCAUCAGAGCUGCCAAAGCCUAACAUCCCAAGGUGAUGAAAAUGACCCUCAUUCAUGAAAAAGAGGCCAAUUCUUGCUCCUGCCAGAAAGGUUUAAGAACUCCCCAGUCCUUUCAGGUACUUAGUUUCUUACUACUACAGCGGGUCCCCACAGAUAGAAAGAAUAUCUUUUAUUCUGCUCCUUUCCCAAGUCUCUGCUGCCAAC